CCUGUCACCUGUAUUUCAGGAGCCUUAGCAGAAAUGUCGUCUUCAGGCAUGCCAGAGUUACCUGUCCCACUCGCUAAUUUGAAGAUUCAACACACUAAGAUCUUCAUAAACAAUGAAUGGCAUAGUUCAGUGAGUGGCAAGAAAUUUCCUGUCUUCAAUCCAGCAAAUGAGGAGAAACUCUGUGAGGUUGAAGCAGGAGAUAAGGAAGACGUUGACAAAGCAGUGAGGGCUGCAAGACAGGCUUUUCAGAUUGGCUCUCCAUGGCGUACUAUGGAUGCUUCAGAAAGGGGACGACUGAUAUGCAAGUUGGCUGAUUUAAUUGAGAGAGAUCGCUUGCUGCUGGCAACACUGGAGUCAAUGAAUGGUGGAAAACUAUUUGCCAAUGCAUAUCUGAUGGAUUUGGGAGGCUGCAUAAAAACUCUACGCUACUGUGCAGGCUGGGCUGACAAGAUCCAGGGUCGGACAAUUCCAAUUGAUGGAAACUUUUUUACGUACACAAGACAUGAGCCUAUUGGUGUAUGUGGGCAAAUCAUUCCUUGGAAUUUCCCGUUGGUUAUGCUCAUUUGGAAGAUAGGGCCUGCUCUCAGCUGUGGAAAUACCGUGAUUGUCAAACCAGCAGAACAAACCCCUCUCACGGCUCUUCAUGUGGCAUCUUUAAUAAAAGAGGCAGGGUUUCCUCCAGGAGUUGUGAAUAUCGUGCCUGGUUAUGGGCCUACCGCAGGAGCAGCCAUUUCUUCCCACAUGGACAUCGACAAAGUGGCGUUCACAGGAUCAACAGAGGUUGGCAAAAUGAUCAAAGAAGCUGCUGGAAAGAGCAAUCUGAAGAGGGUUACCCUGGAGCUGGGUGGGAAGAGUCCCUGCAUUGUGUUUGCUGAUGCUGACUUGGACAAUGCCGUUGAAUUUGCACACCAGGGAUUGUUCUACCACCAGGGCCAAUGUUGUAUAGCUGCAUCCAGGCUUUUUGUGGAAGAAUCAAUUUAUGAUGAGUUUGUCCGAAGGAGCAUUGAACGGGCUAAGAAGUAUGUUCUUGGAAAUCCUCUGACCCCAGGAGUAAAUCAAGGCCCUCAGAUUGACAAGGAGCAAUAUGAUAAAAUCCUCAACCUCAUUGAGAGUGGGAAGAAGGAAGGGGCCAAACUGGAAUGUGGAGGAGGCCCAUGGGGGAAUAAAGGCUACUUUAUCCAGCCCACAGUUUUCUCAAAUGUUACUGAUGAGAUGCGAAUUGCCAAAGAGGAGAUAUUUGGGCCAGUCCAACAAAUCAUGAAGUUUAAAUCCUUAGAUGAUGUGAUCAAGAGAGCAAACAACACUCUCUACGGCUUAUCAGCAGGAAUCUUUACCAAGGACCUUGAUAAAGCUGUGACCGUUUCCUCUGCACUGCAGGCUGGGACAGUGUGGGUGAAUUGCUAUAGUGUGGUGUCUGCUCAAUGUCCCUUUGGAGGAUUCAAGAUGUCUGGAAAUGGACGAGAACUGGGAGAAUAUGGCUUUCACGAAUAUACAGAAGUCAAAACUGUCACAAUGAAAAUUUCCCAGAAAAAUUCAUAAAGAAAACCACAAGAGUGGAGAGAAGAAACUUCAAUUGCUAAGCAUCUCCUAUAGUCGCUAAUAACGUAGACUUUACAUCUAAAAAUGUUCUAUUGUUGAUUUUUUUAAAAAAACAAGUGAAUCACAUUAGCAUUACUACCACACAUAGAAAACUUGACAUGUAGCUACUUUUUUUUUGAAAGAAUUAUUUGCCUUCUGAUAUGUGAUCCCAAAUUGCUAUCCUAAAUAAAAAGGAUGGACUUGGAUAAAAGAUCCCUCUAGCUCUGUAGUAAUCAUAGAUCUUUACUUUGUACCCAUUUGUCCAGGAUAAUCACUUUAUAGAGGAGAACCAUUUG